AACUAUGACGAGCUGGUCGCAAAGUCGCUGCUCAACCUUGGCAAGAUCGCAGAAGACGCCGCCUACCAGGCCAUGACCGAGUCUGAGAUGAACAGCAACUCCUCCAACAGCGGCGGGGAGGACGAGGACGAGGACGACGGCAGCGAGUGCGGGGACAGGAAGGGUGAGCUGAGCGUGGACCUGGACAGCGACGUCGUCAGGGAGACGGUCGACUCCCUCAAGCUGCUCGCGCAGGGCCACGGCGCCGUGCUGCCCGAGGACGGCUACACGGAGGUCGCCGCGGCGGACGAGGGGCGGGGCGUGGUGGGGAUGAGGGCGGAGGAGAACGAGGAGGGGGUGUGUCUCAGCAGCCUGGAGUGUCUAAGGAACCAGUGCUUCGAUCUGGCUCGCAAACUCAGCGAGACGCAGCCGUGUGACCGCGCCGGACACCUGAUCCACCAACAGCUGCAGCACGCCGCCGACCAGCAGGUGGCGCACCACCAUGCUCACCACCACCACCACCACCACCACAGCAGGUACGAGAGCUGCCACCAGGGGGCGCCAGAGGAGCCCCGCUCCGCGGAGCACCACUACUCAGACAUGGUGAACCUGUUGAAGCUGGAGGAGCAGCUGAGCCCGGCAUCGCGCGGUUACCCCACCAGCUGCAGCCAGGAGGGCGACGAGGACACCACGUCCGUGGCGUCCGACCGCUCCGACGAGACCUUCGACAUGGCCAAGGGGAACCUGUCGCUGCUGGAGAAGGCCAUCGCCCUGGAGUCCGAGAGGGCAAAGGUCAUGAGGGACCGCAUGGCCUCGGAGCACGCCGGGCACAGCCCGAGGCUGAGCAGCAGCGCCGAGGACCGCAGGUCCAGGAUGCACCACGACGGGCUGAAGAGGGCGUAUUACCCUAAAGAUUCUUCCAGGGGGGACAAGAAGGAGAGCAAGUGUCCGACGCCGGGCUGCGACGGGACGGGUCAUGUGACGGGUCUGUACCCGCACCACCGCAGCCUCUCCGGGUGUCCACACAAAGACAGAGUCCCACCUGAGAUUCUUGCCAUGUAUGAAAAUGUUUUAAAGUGUCCUACUCCCGGCUGCUCCGGACGGGGCCAUGUCAAUAGCAACAGGAACUCACACCGCAGUCUGUCUGGUUGUCCCAUCGCUGCUGCAGAGAAGAUGGCAAAGGUCCAUGAGAAAAGUCACCUGACCGACAGCGGCAGUAAAUCAAACCAGACGUCGGACCGCGUCCUCAGGCCGAUGUGCUUCGUCAAACAGCUGGAGAUUCCUCAGUACGGCUACAAGAACAACGUCCCGACCACGACGCCACGCUCCAACCUGGCCAAGGAGCUGGAGAAAUACUCCAAGACCAGCUACGACUACAGCGGCUACGACGGCCAGCACGCCGCCGGCUACGGCAAGAGAGGCCUGACCGCCAAGUCCCAGCACGGGCGAGACACGCCCCCUAAGGGCUUCGAUGUCAAGCGCUUCUGUAAGACGUCGAGUCCGGCGAGCAGCACGACCAGCAGCUACGCUCCGAGCAGCAGCAGCAGCCUGAGCUGUGGGGGAGGCGGAGGAGGGGGCGGGCUCAGAGGCGGAGGAGGGGGCGGAGGCAGCAGUGCCAGCAGCACCUGCAGUAAGAGCAGCUUCGACUACACCCACGACAUGGAGGCGGCGCACAUGGCGGCCACGGCCAUCCUCAACCUGUCGACGCGGUGCCGGGAGAUGCCGCACGCUCUGGGCGUGAAACAGAGUCCGGUGGACGACCUGGACGACAGCGGCGCGGUGGACGUGGCCGGUCAGCCCGGGGGUCCGGAGGGCAGCGGGACGGUGUUGACCCCCCUGCAGCCCAUGUCCCCGCAGCGUCAGGCCCUGCUGAGCAGCCGCUGCUACCAGCUGAGCGAGGCCGACUGCUGGGACCUGCCCGUCGACUACCCCAAGAUCAAGCGCCUGGGAGACGAGCAGGAGCACAAGGAGAGCGACGAGCUGGACCCGUUCCAGGAGCUGCUGGACGAGCAGCGCUACCCGACCGAGGUGACCACGCCCAGCCCCAAACACCACAAGUACCCGCCGUGCAAGGAGAGCAAGAAGGAGCUCAUCACGUUGUCCAGUUGUCAGCUCGCAGACAAGAACAUCCGCGGGAUGAUGACGACAAACUCGCAAGAGCUUAAGUGUCCGACCCCCGGUUGUGACGGCUCUGGACACAUCACUGGAAACUACGCCUCCCACAGGAGUCUGUCAGGUUGUCCACGUGCCAAGAAGAGCGGCAUCAAAAUCAUCCACAGCAAAGAAGACAAGGACGACCAGGAGCCAAUCAAGUGUCCAGUCCCGGGCUGCGACGGACAGGGUCACGUGACGGGGAAGUACGCCUCCCACCGCAGCGCGUCUGGCUGCCCCCUGGCUGCCAAGAGGCAGAAGGACAACUACGUCAACGGCUCGCAGUUUGUCUGGAAGUCCGGCAAGACGGACGGCAUGACCUGUCCGACCCCGGGCUGCGACGGGUCGGGACACGUCAGCGGGAGCUUCCUGACACAUCGGAGUCUGUCCGGUUGUCCUCGAGCCACCUCGGCCAUGAAGAAAGCCCGGAUGAGCGGAGUGGAGAUGCUGACAAUCAAGCAGAGAGCAAGUAAAGGCAUCGAAAACGAUGAAGAAAUCAAACAGCUGGAUGAAGAAAUCAAAGAUUUGAACGAGUCCAACAAUCAAGUGGAGUCGGACAUGAUAAAGCUGAGGACACAAAUUACCACCAUGGAGACGAACCUCAAAUCCAUCGAGGAGGAGAACAAAGUGAUCGAGCAGCAGAACGACUCGCUGCUGCACGAGCUCGCGAACCUCAGCCAGUCGCUCAUCAACAGCUUAGCUAACAUCCAGCUGCCGCACAUGAGACCGCUGCCACAGAAAGAGGCCCCAGUAAAGCAUAACUGCUGUUUACAGAUGUCUCCCAGAGAGCCAAUGAACGAACAGAACUUUGACUCGUAUGUGAGUACGCUGACGGACAUGUACACCCACCAGGACCAGUACCAGAGCCCGGAGAACAAGGCGCUGCUGGAGAACAUCAAACAGGCCGUCCAGGGCAUCCAGGUUUAGCCCCGACAAAAAAAACCCACACAAGAAAAACAAAUGCAAAGCAAAAACAACAACA